AUGGCGAACGCUCCCGACUUCGACGUCGUCAUCAUCGGCGCAGGCAUUUCGGGAAUCAACUCCGCGUACCGCAUACAGACCGCGUUUCCCAACUACAGGUACUGCAUCCUCGAGGCCAGAGACAACAUCGGCGGCACCUGGGACCUGUUCAAGUAUCCCGGCAUCCGCUCCGACUCGGAUCUCUUCACUUUUGGCUUCCAGUGGUACCCGUGGCACAAGAACAACCCGAUCGCGACGGGUGAUUCCAUCGUCCAGUACUUGGGUGAGGCCUCGUCCAAGCAUGGCAUCGACAAGAACAUUCGCUUCCAGCACCGCCUCAAGCAUGCCUCGUGGUCUUCAGCGCACCAGGAAUGGGCCCUGUCGGUAGAGGCGCGCGGCGAGCCGACAUCGAUUUCCGCCCGGUUCAUCAUCUUCGGCACCGGUUACUACGACUACAGCACUCCGCUGCAGGCGCACAUUCCCGGCAUCGACAAUUUCGGCGGCAAGGUCAUCCACCCUCAGUUUUGGCCGGAGGACCUCGACUACGCCGACAAGAAGGUCGUCGUCAUUGGCUCUGGCGCCACAGCCGUCACUCUCGUCCCGAAGCUGGCCGAGAAGGCGAAGAUGGUGACGAUGCUCCAGCGGAGUCCCACCUACAUCGCCGUGCUUCCCAACGCCAGCUCAAAGUCUUUGAUCGACUACAUCAUGCCGCGAGCCGUCGCCCUGCGCAUGAAGCGACUUCAAUGGAUCCUCCUCGCGCGCAUCACCUUCACAUUCUGUGUUACGUUCCCCCGGCUUGCCAGAUGGGUGCUCGGCCUCCGCACGAAGCGCUUGUUGCCUAAGGAUAUGGCGUUUGACCCUCACUUCAAUCCGACGUACAACCCGUGGACGCAGCGACUUUGCCUCUGCCCAGACGGAGACUUUUACAAAGCUCUACAUGGGGGGCACGCCGACAUCGCCACCGGGGUGAUAAAAACAGUGACAUCGACCGGCAUCAACCUUGAGUCUGGAGACAUCCUGGACGCCGACAUCAUCGUCACCGCUACGGGCCUGAAGCUGCAACUAGCCGGAGGUGCGACUAUACACGUCGACGGAAAGGCUGUCGCCCCCUCGGACAAGUUCAUUUGGCGAGGACAGAUGAUUCAAGACGUCCCGAACGCCACCUUUGUCAUCGGAUACACGAAUGCGUCGUGGACCCUGGGCGCCGAAGCGACUGCGUCCAUGGUGGUCAGGCUCCUCGGAAAGAUGAACGAGGGAGGAUACUCCAGCGUUGUCCCGAGGGUGGAGAACCCCGAAGACCUGAAGGAAACGGCGCUUCUGAACUUGAACUCGACGUACGUGAAGAACGCGGGCAGCAUCAUGCCCAAGGCGGCGACGACGGGGCCGUUCGCGCCGAGAGGGAGCUACCUGGAAGACAAUUUCCGCGCGAAGCAUGGUGCGAUUAAAGGACUAGAGUGGGUUCGGGAGCCUCUCACCAAGUGA